AUGGAUGUCGAGCUGUGUACAUGUUCAGUCACGGAGUCAUGGGCUAAUGCGGAACAGGGUCUUGCGCGAAUGUAUUCGCUGGCCCUGACGGGUACGCAAAUCGAUGCCAUCUACCACACAUCACUGGUGCUGAACGGCGUCGAGUAUUACUUUGGCCAAGGCAUUCAAACGGCCAUCCCCGGCAGUACUCAUCAUGGACAGCCCAUGGAGAAGCUGCAUCUUGGCAAGACCGAGCUUCCCCUGGACGUGAUCGAAGAAUACAUCCAGUCGCUUGCGGAAAUCUAUACCCCUGAGUCCUACGAUCUCUUCCUGCACAACUGCAACAACUUCACGCAGGAUCUGGCCAUGUUUGCUCUCGGCAAAGGCAUCCCUGAGCACAUUCAAAACCUGCCGCAGACUUUCCUGAGCACCCCUUUUGGGCAAAUGAUGAAGCCCCAGAUCGAAAUGGCCCUGCGCGGUGUAACCCAAGGCACUGGCGCUGGCACGGGCACAGUCGGCACUCAAACGCCCACCACCAGCGCACCAACCGCCCCUGCGCAACCUGCCCCCGUUACUCAAGGUUCUGUGCGCAUCGCAAGCAACCUCGCCCAGCUCGAGCACCACCUAGCUGCCGCGGCCGACUCAUGCGCCGUCAUCUUCUUCACCUCGGCCACCUGUCCGCCCUGCAAAAUGGUCUACCCGACGUACGACGAACUCGCCGAGGAAGCGGGCGCCAAAGCCACCCUCAUCAAAGUCGACAUCAGUACCGCCAUGGACGUCAGCAUGAAAUACAGCGUCCGAGCAACCCCAACCUUCAUGACCUUCCUAAAGGGCCAGAAGCUCGAUGAAUGGUCCGGCGCCAACCCAGCUCAACUACGAGGCAACGUCCGUCUCCUCCUGGAAAUGGCCCAUCCUCCCCAUCGUCACCAGCAACUCCGUCUCCCCAGCCUCCAACGCCCCAUCACCAACUAUGUCACAUACAAGAAAGUGCCCCCUCUCGACAAGCUCGUCCAGAAACUCGACCCUCACCACGAAGACCCUCGCCUCCUCUCUAUGAUCACCUACCUGAAACACCGCACCUCCUCUUCCACCCCGGCAGCGGACACCCCCUUACCCCAAGACCUCCCAUCCUUCGCCACCUACCUGCAAACCACCUGCGGUUUUCUAGCCCUAGACCACCUAUUCGCUCUCGUCGACCUCACCCGCCUGCUCUUCCUCGACCCCCGCGUAUCCGGCUACUUCGCCGAAGAGCCCGGCCACACGACCCUCCUCACCUUGUUAUCCCCGUCUGCUGGCCUCUCUGGAUGUCCCUACAACCUCCGCAUCGUCAUGCUCCAACUCUGCUGUACUCUCUUCUCCACCCCUCUCUACCGCGACCAACUUACCACCUCCUCUUCUCUCCUCCCAACCCUCCUCCACCUCACCACCUCCUCCCUCCUCGACUCCCACACUAACCUCCGCGUCGUCGCCGCCUCCCUCGCCUACAACCUCGCCGCACUCAACCACAACGCCCGCUUCGCCGGCCAUGCCGACCCUCUGUCCGAGGAAAGCCAGGUCGAGCUGACCGCGUCGCUCGUGGAAGCCAUCACCCAGGAAGAAGAGAGCCAGGAGGCCCUGCACGGUCUUCUCUUCGCCUUGGGAUUGCUCGUCUACGAAGCUAGUCCUGACAGCGCAGUCGUGGAUCUCUGCAAGGCCAUGGGGAUUGCAGAGACGGUAGCCGCGAAGAGGAAUGUGGAAAAGGUUGCGAAGGAGCCGUUGAUCAAGGAGGUGGGGGAGGAGUUGUUGAUGAAAGGGUUGUAG